GUCCUGCUGCAACCAUGUUGGCUUCCGAAAGCUUCCUAGAUUUGCCCUUCCCAGUCUUCGAAGGCGGUUUCACGCCUUGGGAGAACAACCAUGACUCGAUGUCACUCUUACAAACCCACCUUCACCAAUCACAGAGCCCCGUUGACUCUAAUUCUGGGUUGGACGAACCACAGAGCUGGACGCCGGUAUCGGCCGUGGACGAGCGGAAGCAGCGGCGAAUGAUAUCCAAUCGUUUAUCGGCGAGGAGGUCUCGCAUGCGGAAACAGCAGCACUUAGAGAACCUAAGGAACCAGGUGAACCGGCUUAGAAUCGAGAACCGGGAGAUCACUAACCGUUUGGGAUUCGUGACUCAUCACUGCGACCUCUUACGUAGAGACAACGACCGGCUACGUUUGGAAUCCGUGGCUCUCAAGCAGAGACUCUUCGAUAUGCACCGGAUUUUGACUCUUCGGCAGCUCCAACAUCACAACUUUCUAUCGUCCUCGUCGGCGUGCAAUUCAUUUUCGUCCGUCAACGAAGUGAACGAACAAUCCCAACUCCCCUCCUUAAUGGCCUAAUAAUAAUAAUAAUAAUAAUUUUUUUUUUUUCUUUUCUUUUGUUUUC